AACCCAUCCACACUCAAGACAUGGUUUAGCAUCAUUUUUAUUAUUUUAUUAUUUAUCAUUUUUAUUAUCUUGUAACUGAAUAUCAGUUAAGUGCAACAUUAUCUUCUUAUAAGAAAGGACAUCAAAAUCUGUUGCUUUCCAGAUUACAUGAUUAAAAAAUUCACCUAUUUUUGUAUUUUUGGUAAUGAUGAUAAGAUAAUUACCUGCCACCAGAUGGAUUGUGCCCAGUAUACGAAAUAUUGGUCUUGUGACAGCUGAAGGAGGAACAUCUUUCGUGGCUAUAAGGGUGACCUCUGUGGACACAGGGUCAAUGAAUGAACUUCAUGAGCUUGAAAAGCAAAUAGCAGCCAUCUCUGCAGAAACUAAAGAAACAGAAAGGCAAAUUUAUCAGAAGGAUGCUGCCAUAGAGAAUUCCAGACUUCAAUGUGGAAGCCUGGAAUCUCAAAUCAAGUCCUUAUAUACAGAGAAUGUGAAGCUUAAGUUUGAUAUCGAAAUGGCCCAAGAAGAUUUUGAGGAACGCAUGAUAAAAUAUAAGACUUACUAUGCAAAAAUAAAAGCACAUAAAGACAGUUUGGGGGAGAUAGAAAGCCAAUGGUCAUUUAUGAUUGAACUCUGUGAAAAACGAGAUCUAGUAAAAAAACUAAAGACAAUGAAAGAGGAACUUAUACAAGAUCUCCAAAAUCCAGAAGGGAACCAAAUGACACAAGUACAGGAAGACAUUUCAAAGCUAAAGAAUGAAAUUAUAACUGUAAAAGAAUCUAUCAUUGAAAAAACUUGUUUUCUUGAGGAAGAAAAAAGGAGACAUGAAAAAUUAACAAAAGAAAUAGAGGUGCAACAUAAGAGGUAUUAUGCAAUUCUUAAGCGUUUACAUUGUCAGGUGAACAAGCUUCAAUCAAAUAGAAGACAAUGGCAAUGGAACAUUCAACAGCUGGAAAAAACUGCAGCUGAACUAAGAAAAUGUGUUGGAAUGAAAGAGUGACAUUGCCAUCAGGCAAUGUGGAACACAGAUCAUGACAACAAAACUUUGGGGACAGAAUUUUAAGAAAACCCUUUGGUUACUUAACAACCAGCUUCUACUGGCAAAGGCCUGUCUAAAUGACAGAUGCGUUUUCUCUUUUUUGAAUCAGUUAUCUGUUGGUUAAAGUACCUCCCAACCUUACAAUGGAUGGCACUAGAUAGACAAAAGCAAUGCUUACAAGAAAACAGUGGAAGGACCUUUGUGAAUAUUUCAAAUGUGAAUACUAUAUUAUGCUUACAUCUUUUUAAAUACAUUUAUUUUAUGUAUUUUUAUGUAGUGCUGAGGAUCGAACCCAGGGCCUCACAUGUGCUAGGCGAGUGCUCCACCGCUGAGCCACAGCCCUGACCCCCAUUAUGCUUACAUUUUAACAAUGUUGUAUUCAUUACCCUACAAAGUAAAAAAUUAGAAGAAGAGAAACAAUCGGAUUUUCAGUAAUUUAAAUUGGGUUGUUUUCAAAGUUUUUAUUAGAUCAUGCUUUUUACGACUGCCUUCAUAGUAGCCCACAAAUAUUAUUAUUCACAAUAAUGUUGUUAUAUAUUUAAUGUUCCAGAUAUUUCACUCAGAUUUCUCUUUUAUCCAGAAGGUAACAAUCAUUUUUUCUUUCUUAUUAAAUAACAUAUUUUAGAGUAUUGCAAUACGUAAUAUUUUUGUUCCUUUUUCUGUCUAUACAUACUUUAUUCUACUGUGACUAAAUUAAAGUUACAACAUCACGUAAAGCAAAAAUACAAGCAAGUUCUUGAAAGAAGUUAAAUAAUAUAGACAAACAUUUUCAUUCACUCAGGAAACAUAUUAUGUCCAUGGCAAUAGGUCAAAUGUUAACUUUUUCUUUUAAAAUAAGUUAUGGCUAUUUCAUGGCUCCAAUGAGCCAAAUACUUGGUGGCAAAAACAAAAUAUUAAUUAUUGCAGGGACUGUUUUAAAUAUUCUCUAGUAGGAUUAAAUGAUUUCAAACCAACAUCAACAAGUCAUUUCAAAUCCUUUUUCUCCUCACCUUUCUAUGUGCCUGAGAUUCAUACUAAGUGUAGUUGAUAUAAAACUUGAUAUAAAUAAUCUCAUUAUGUCUUAUCAUGGUUCAGCCUGGCUUACUGUGGUUAACAUUUCAAAUAGCUUAUUCUGUAACAUAAUCAGCUUUGGUCCAUGACUCAGAAACACAGCUACAAAUGAAAAUGGUUAAACUUACAGAUUGUAGACAGUACCCACUAAAGUCAGCUAGAGAUAAGGCUGAUAUAGAUUCUGAUCAUAUAAGUAUAUUUUAGUAUAAUUUGUAGGUUAAGAGUUCUUAUAUUGACACUUCAUAAUUUUAGCUAUACCUUGUAAGAGAAAAAUUUUCUAAACUUUUUAAGUUUAUCAUGAGAUUAAAAAUAUUUAUACAUGAUAAAUAACACCUUGAGUUGUAGUUUCAAGAAAAUCCAGUGUUUAAGAAGUGACUGCACUAGUUGAGAGUUGUCAAGAGACCACAGAAAGGGGCAAAUUGAUCCCAGAUUGCACAGAGUACAAGUUACUGGGGACUUACUGACACAACCAUGGUCAAGAGUGACAACAAGACUAGUGGAUCCAUAUCAAUGUGGGCUUAAAAAGAGUGGCUUUCACCCAAGUAGAAGUAUACCUGGACUUAUCACAAGCUAACAUCAAAGAUGUCAGGCAUAUUCCUGGAGCUGACAGUGCUAGGGUCUGGUCGUAAAGCUCCACAUACCUCUCUAAUGAUUUUGUUAAUCUCUCAUAGUCUCGGUAACUAUAAGGCAAACAGGCCAGAGGUUUCUCAGAGGCACCCAUGGUGGCUACAAUUCAAAAUGGUUGCAUUCAGGUUCACUUUUAAACUAAGAUAAAAAAAUAUAUAGAGGUCUAAUAUACUUCAGAUAAUGUAGUUUUUAAAAGUAUCAGUAAUAAUAAAUGCAAUUAUUUUCAAUAUUGAGGAAGUUC